GAUCUUCCCUUGUUUCUACCAUACCUGAUGGGAUUUAAUUUUUUGGUGCUUAUAGAAGUUGUUUGUAGAAGGUUUUGGAUUUUUUACAUUUCUCACAAACCCUUCAGGGGUCAUUCACAUUUAAAUGUUUUUGUAUAAGCUGUGAUUUCCUCAAGGUUACGAAGGUAAAGUCAGUACCCCAAAUUAGGCACAUCUUUUAUUAUGCCCCUGUUUCCAUUAUUUCACAAUGUAUAUAUUUUGUAUAUCUGUGGGAAGUAAAUGAGUUCUCAGCUCUAAAAAUUAUUUAAAAUUUAGACUUAUGUAUAUAUGUGUGUGUGUGUGUAUUUAUAUCCUAACUCCUAAUGAACACAUCCCAGUCAUAUUUCUCAGUUCCCUUCAACUUCUUUCUGAUAGACCUGAUUACUUCUCCUGUUAGUAGCUAAUGCCCUGAUAUUCUGUUACUUUUCCAUCUGAACCUUCACUCUAAAAGUAUGCAGUCCUGUUAGUCAUCAUCCGCUUUGCCCAGGGACCUUAGGGUGGAAGAAUUGGUGUCUGAAGGCUCACCGGGGCUCCUGAGCAGCUAUGGCCAGUAAACUGUGCAAUAAUAGAGAUGUUCUGUAUCUGAGCAGUCCAAUAGGGUAGCCACUGGAUACUACAUGUGGCUACUGAGUACUUGAGAUGUGGCUAAUAUAACUGAAUUUAUAGUCCUGUUUAAAAAUAUUUUCCACCAUUUUAUUAUGAAAAAUUUCAAACAUAGAAAACCUGAAAGAAUUGUAAAAUGAACACCCAUAUGCCAAUCUAGAUUCUAUAAUUAACAUUUUUCAUUUACUGUAAUAAGUCUAUUAUAAGUCAUAUCGUUGAUUUCUCACUUAUGGGUGGAAUAACUAGUAUAAUUGGUGUCAAUAAACUUAUUUUUAUUUUUUUAUAAAUUUAUUUAUUUAUUAUUUUUGGCUGCCUUGGGUCUUUGCUGCAUGCGAGCUUUCUCUAGUUGCGGUGAGCGGGGGCUACUCUUUGUUGUGGCUCGCGGGCUCUGGAGUGCAGGCUCAGGAGUUGUGGCACACGGGCUUAGUUGCUCCAUGGCAUGUGAGAUCUUCCCGGACCAGGGCUCGAACCCCUGUCCCCUGCACUGGCAGGCAGAUUCUUAACCACCGUGCCACCAGGGAAGUCCCCAAUAGACUUUUUUAAAGUGCUAUUUAAUUUUUAUUAAAUUUAGAUAGCCAGAUGAGGUUUGUGGCUACCCUUUGGACAGUGUAGCUCUAGAGCAUGGCUUGGAAGCUUGUUUACCUUGGAGUGCUUCUGGUCCUUUGCAUUGCAUUAAAAUGCGUGGCCGUCCUCUUCGGGUUUGCCAUGGAAAGUCACCUGAUCUCCAGAUUGCCACUGUGCAAGACUGCUGUCACCCCCUUGAGGUCUCUUAUAUGAAAAUAAGCAUUUCUGUUCAAGCUGUAGACCUUGAUGGAUGUGUACUAUAAAACUAUGUUAUAAUUCUCUUAAGCUAGAUGUCAACCUCAAGGAGAAAACUGUGGGCCCACAAUUUUGGUUGCUCCUCAAAAUAAUCAUUCUGUGGCUCCUAUUGAAUAAGGCAAUCCACUCAAGACUGAGCAAGACUGGGGAGAAAUAGUCCUUGGGUUAGAAAGUUUUUGAUAUGUUAACUCCGUCCUCAUUCUUAACUUCCCCCUAGUGCUGAUUUACUUAUGGUCUAUCUUCACUAUCUACUAAGGUUCUCAUAUUCAAACCAAGAUUGGAGAAUAGGUCAUUAGGAGAAAUAUUUUAUAUUUUCUCUGAUAUUCUUGUCAUUUUUGAACUGGCUCUUGCUUGAUUGUAAGUGGCUGGUGGAAAACGAGCAUUAAAAAUUAAAUUUUGUACAGCACUAGUUUUAUGUGAAACAGGAUUUUUAUAGCACUCAGGUCAGCAGAUACAUGUCUCCACCUCUCACUCCCCCCAUAAUAAAGAGACCUCUUUAAAUACAUUUCUUUUUCUUUUUUAAUAAAUUUAUUUAUUUUUGGCUGAGUUGGGUCUUUGUUGCUGUGCACGGGCUUUCUCUAGUUGCUGUGAGCGGGGGCUACUCUUCGUUGCUGUGUGAGGGCUUCUCAUUGCGGUGGCUUUUCUUGUGGAGCACGGGCUCUAGGCACGUGGGCUUCAGUAGUUGUGGCUUUUGGGCUUCAGUAGUUGUGGCACGCAGGCUCAGUAGUUGUGGCUCAUGGGCUCUAGAGCGCAGGCUCAGUAGUUGUGGUGCACGGGCUUAGUUGCUCCGCGGCAUGUGGGAUCUUCCCAGACCAGGGCUCGAACCCAUGUCCCCUUCAUUGUCAGGUGGAUUCUUAACCACUGCAUCACCAGGGAAGCCCUAAAUUUACUUUUCAAGUGUUGACUUUGUGCCUCAUCCCUUUAUUUGCCCCUUCAUGGGAUGGAGUGUCACUACCCAGCAUCUAAGACAGUCUUUUCUAUGUAGUAGGUGCUUUGUAAACAUUUUUUCAGCAUUUUAUUGUCUUUUAUAUUUACUGCCUUCAGAUUAUUUGUCUUUGUAACUUAGUCUGAGGUGUAAGAGAUUCAUUUCUGUCACUAUGGAUACCUUUCAUUACCAUGAAUUUUUCAAAUGCACAUACUCAUACCACAGAGUUGUAUAUUCGAACACAUUGGAUAAGGAUGUGUCUUUUGGAUGUGGCCCAACUGUGAUCCUAAGUUCUGUGUAUAGUCUGAGUUCCUCAAUCAAAGCAACCAAUACAGCACAGCAAAGAGGAUGGGUGAGAAUCGGGGUGAUCUGCCAGGCUGUACCGUUCUAUUUUAUUUAUAUAUAUUUGUUUACAAAAUAUACUUUAUUUUUUAAAUUAUAGAUUUACAAAAAAUUGAAAAGGUAGCACAAAGAAUUCCCAUACGCCCCCCACCCAGUUUCCCCCAUGCCCCUCUUUUACAUGAAUGUAACACAAACUAUGCAUUAUUAUGUUUCUCUUUUCUUAUUGUGCCUACAUGUGCCUAUUCCUACUGUGCCCCAAUAAUCAUUGUAGAUAGAGAAAUAGAUAUUUAAGAUUAUAAAUUGGGGAGUGGAAAUCUGUAGUAUUGCCCUAGUAACACCAUCUUAACUUCGCUUGAGGUCAAGAAAGCCUUUGAGGGACAUAACCCAUGGAAAGCUGAAAGCUGACCAGCCUCUGGUGGAAUUUGACCUUCUGGGGAGGACUACCAGAGAUGAGUGAUCAAGAAGGGACUUAUUCCAUCCUGAGAUUUCUUCGGUCACCUUCGGAGUCACAAAAUAGAUCAAGGCCUGGUAGUACCCAAAGCCUGGCAAGACUGACGGAAAAGGAGGAUAGUGGAAGAAAUAUCUCUUCAUUCAUCCGCCAACAACUUUGUAAGCUCUCCUUCACCUUUGGGAUAAAGAAAUCAUCCAAAAGUCUCCACAAUGUCAACUGCUUCAGACUGUGAUCAACCUCCAGAAAACACAGAGCAGACAGAGACAAUCCCUAUUGUGGAUGUGGAAGAGCCUCUUGCCCUUCCUCCUCCUCCUCCACCUGAGGAUGAAUGGCACCCGAUUCCUGAGCACACCAAUGUGGAUGCCUCUCGUUUUUCCUUCUCUCUAUGUGGAAUAACCCCUGUGAUCCUGGGAGUGUUCAGCCUGCUGCUCUUGAUGUUGUGUGGAUUCUUUGGUUAUCACUACUUUCAAAGUGUUCAGGAAUCAGAGAGCAAGAUGGAGAGCCUUAUCCAACAGACUGAGUCUUUGCAAAACAAAGAGGAAAACUUUCUUCAGGUCCUAAAAGCUCUUGAGCAAAAUAAAGAAAUCUUACAGCAGCUCCAAAAACAGAAUGAGUAUAUCACUGAGGCUCUACAAGAACUAAAUGUGGAACAAGGAGACAGGUGUGGACCUUCUCUGAGUCACUGGGUACAAUACAGAGACCACUGCUACCACCAAACUGUGCAAAUUGUUUCUUGGUUAGAGUGUUCGGAUCUUUGCAUCUCUUUGAAUGCUACAUUUUUAAAGACAGAAAGGAGUAGAUUGAUGUACAUCAUGAAGUUACUUGCAGCAAAUCACACUUGGCUUGGCCUGUCUUAUAAUGAAGAGGACAAUCAAUGGAAGUGGGAGGAUGGCUCCCUUCCUUCUCCUGGCCUGAGUCUACCAAAGCCAAGUACGGAUUUCCAGGGGAAUUGUGUGUAUGCAAAUGUGAACACUGUUGGCAUGGAUACCUGCACUAUGUCCUCUUCAUGUGUGUGUGAGAAGCCUGUCUGUGCUAAACACUCAGAAGAAAGUUAAAAAAAAACUGAUGAGGUUUGCACAUCUCAAUAACAUUCCAUAUUCAAGACCUGCCUGCCUUUCUUCUGUUGGCACUUCAUGUUAUUCAUAACUCUUUUUUUUUGUGACAGAAACUGAUAAAUGACUUCAUGAUAGAAGAAGCCAGAGUCUAGAGUUAAAGGAGAAAAAACAGAGAAGCACAGAAAACUUAGAAACUCAGAACCUGUUUGAUUUUCUGAGAGUUAU